GGGACGGACGGUGUACAUCACAUUUAAAGAUAAUCCUUCUGGGUGGCAGAAACUCUGGAAAGAGCUCUGUGGGGAACUUACUUCUGGGGAAAGAGGAGUUUGUCACCAGAGAGAGGACCUCGUGCUCCCGCCGGCUGGGUGUGGUGGCGGGAAGGAGGCUCGCGGUGGUGGACACCCCCGGCUGGUGGUGCGACUUCAGCGCUCAGGACACAUCACAGCUGGUGAAGAGGGAGAUUGCUAACAGCGUUUCUCUGUGCUCACCUGGGCCACAUGUAUUUUUAAUCACAAUAAAGGCAAGCUCAGGUUUCUCUGAGAAGCGUCGGAGGGCGGUGGAGGAGCAUGUGGCGCUGCUGGGUGAGAGGGUGUGGAGUCACUGCAUGGUGGUCUUCAUCUCUGCAUACAGGUCUGAACACACAGAGUUUCUAAGGACGGGGGGGGAGGCCCUCAGAUGGCUCAGUAAGAAGUGCAGUCACAGGUGUGACCAUGUUAUCUCCAGCAAUGAUACUGAAGGCCCCGAGCUGCUGGAGAAAAUACAGAAAGUUGUCAAAGAAAAUGGACACAGAGUGUUUGAGAUGCAGGAACACAUUUUAAAGGCUAUUUCAGAGAAGAAGAGGAGGGCGGAGGUAGAAGCUCAGAAGAGGUUUGUGAGAAUGAAGAAAUACAGAUCUCUCAUGAGAGCUGAGGAGAUGAAUGUAGUAGGAGCCAGUACUCCGUCUGGGGAGAACGAGGACGAUCCGGACAACCCCUGGAACCCUGGGACGCUGAAGUUCUACAACAGGGCUGAACUUAAGACCUCAGACCACAGGGAUUAUGUGUUCCUGAGAAACAAACCGUCCCCCUGGAGUGAAGGGGCAGGAGCGCUGACCUGCAGCCAGCAGCUCAUGUGGGACGCCAGGUUGGAGGCAGACAUCAGGAAGUAA